CCACAAUGGCGAAUGUUUCAAAUAAUGGUUGUUGUGUCCAAUAUAUGUCAAUGCGUGCGUUUGUUAUGCUGGAGAAGGAAAUAGAGGUAUUCAGAAUUUCUCACUGAACAAAAUUACCAGGUCACAAGCGGUCUUAGCACCAAUCAAUCUAAAUGUUAAUGUAAAUAAAUACUGACGAUCUUAUUCCGUGAAAAUGGACGGGUGGAGUCCCAUCGUUGCCACUGCUUCUGACGAUGAGCCGUCGAGUUCCGAAGGCGAAUACACUGUCGAAAGUGGACCGCCAAGGCUAGCGGAGAGAGAGAGCAACCGAGAAAGGGAGGAACAACGAGGAGAUGGGGAGGCCGCUGUUGCAUUUGGGCUGACCGGGUUCGGGGAAGGGGCAACAAGACUCGGUCGGACCGGCCAGACAGCAGACCAAGAGCUGCGGUACCUGCACUUACUCUGGGAACCUAAUCGGGCUGGCACUGUGGCCGCGGGUGCAAGCAAGCCGGGGAAAAUAACUGGGAGCCGAGCUAGGAGGCACGGGAGAGCGCGGCGCAAUCUGGGGCCCAUCGGGAAAGAUCUGUAUGCUGUGAAGAGACUCCGAGAGGCGGCUAAUGGCAAUGACAUUGAUACGGUACGCCGCCUGCUUCAAGAUGACAUAGAUCCCUGUGCCGCGGACGAUAAGGGAAGAACGGCUCUCCACUUCUCGUCCUGCAACGGCAACGAGACUAUCGUGCAACUGUUGCUGAGCCAUGGCGCUGACCCCAACCAGCGAGAUGGCCUGGGAAACACUCCUCUUCAUCUAGCGGCCUGCACCAACCAUGUGCCAGUUAUUACCACACUUCUCAGAGGAGGUGCACGAGUGGAUGCCCUGGAUCGUGCUGGCAGGACCCCGCUGCACCUGGCACGCUCCAAGCUCAACAUACUGCAGGAAGGAGACUCACACAGCAUAGAAACUUUAAGAGGGGAGGUCACACAGAUCAUCCAGAUGCUGAGGGAGUACCUGAACGCACUGGGGCAAAACGAGGAGAGGGAGAGACUGGACCACAUCUCCUCCCGGCUGCAACACACACGCACCAAAGCGCAGGUGGAUGAAGUUGCAGACUUGCUGGCCAGUUUCAGUCUACAGAUGCAGAGUUUGGGGGAGAGGUAGAGAGAGGACCGGCAAAUGAGGAAACUUGGGAGAGGGGUGCAAUCUGAGAAAAAAAAAAAGACAAAAAAGAGAUACAGAUGUAUGGAUGUGCAUUGUUUCAUUACCUCAUCCUCAAGAACACUGAUAAACCUCGCGUUCCUGCCAUCAGGGAAUGCACAAGUCAACAUUAAUCGCAACCACUGAUUUCCUCUCCCUUUCAGCUUAUGGUCCCUUCUGUCAUAUUCUGGCUGUUGUUUUGUUCCCCCUCUGCAUGUCUUGUACAUAGGUGUUUGCUGUAAAUUAAUGUUAUUAAUGUUUGUAACAAUCAGGGUGGCAAAUAAACCAAUCUAAAAUGAAA